UUGUUUCCUCUCCUUGUUUCCUCUCCUUGUUUCCUCUCCUCCCAGUGUUCAAUUACAGACCACUCUGGAAUUCACACACAGACUCCGUGCCUGAAGUGCUCCCCUCCCCCUCACUUGUUUGAAGUGUGUGAGGAGGAGAAGGAGGAGGAGGAGGAGAGGAAGGCAGGAGAGGAAACACAGAAAAUAUGGAUAGAGAAAGGAAGGAAGGAAGGAAGGAAGGAAGCAGUGGAACAAAGGAAGGAAGGAAGGAAGGAAGGAAGGAAAAAUAACAAAGGAUGCAACAAAGGAAGGAAGGCGCUAAUGAAGGAAACAAAGCUCGUCUCUUCUCUGCUGACUCUUCAAGUGCACAUUUACAGCGUGUGCACACACACACACACAUUCACACACAAUGGAGUGCUGAGAUGGAGGAGUGGUGUGUUAGAGGGCGAGCGAGCAAGCAAGUGUGUGUGUGUGUGUGUGAGCUGCGAGCCCUGUGAUUGGCUGAGCCCGGCUAGCUGCACCAACAGCCGAAAGAAGACGGGAACAGAGGAGGAGAGGGAGGCUGCAGAUAGAGAGGAGAAUACAAAGAGCAUGUGAGAGUGUGUGUGUGUGUGUGUGUGUGUGUUACGAGCUAGCCAAUGUGUGUGUGCAUGCAUGUGUGUGUGUGUGACAUCCAGAGGUGUGUGUGUGUGUGUGUGUGUGCAGACGCGAGGAAGCGAGGAGGAAACCUGAUCUCACUCUCUCUCUGUGGAAUAACGCUUUCCGUUAACUCUCGUCGUUAUUAGCCUUGCUGUAAGCUGAUAGCUUAGCCUGGCCCCAGUUUGGCCCAGCUCGGCCCGGCCCAGUUCAGACCUGGUGUGGUGGUGGUGGUGGUGGUGGUGAUGGAGCGGUUCCUGGCACUGCUGCGCCUGCUGGGCAGGAGGAGGCGAGGGAGGAGGUACCGGGCGGAUGACGAUUACCAGGAAGGCUACGAAGACGUUUACUACUACACCAGCAAGUACAACACACACCUACUGAAUGAGGGGCCGUACACCAAACACUCUGCCGGGUCGCGACCUCCAGAUGGAGCGCUGGCCAUCAGGAGGCAGAGUAUACCAGACGAGUUUCGGGGCUGCUCGGUGGUGGAGCUGAUGAAGAAGGAGGGGACGACGCUCGGACUGACGGUUUCAGGUGGCAUCGACAAAGAUGGGAAGCCCCGGGUUUCAAACCUGCGACAGGGAGGCAUCGCUGCCAGGAGCGACCAGCUGAACGUGGGCGACUACAUCCGCGCUGUUAACGGCAUCAACCUGUCCAAGUUCAGACACGAUGAGAUCAUCAGUCUGCUGAAGAACGUCGGGGAGCGAGUCGUACUGGAGGUCGAGUACGAGCUGCCGCCUGUCUCGGUGCAGGGGUCAGGGGUCAUGUUUAAGAACGUAGAAGUCACGCUUCACAAAGAAGGAAACAGCUUCGGCUUUGUCAUCAGAGGUGGGGCCCAUGAAGACAGGAACAAGUCUCGCCCCAUCGUCAUAACAACCAUCAGGCCAGGCGGUCCGGCUGACAGAGAAGGAACCGUCAAGCCGGGCGAUCGGUUGCUAAGCAUCGACGGGAUUCGUCUCCACGGCAGCACGCUAUCAGAGGCCAUGAGCAUCCUGAAGCAGUGCGGGCAGGAAGCCACGCUGCUGCUCGAGUACGACGUCUCAGUGAUGGAUUCUGUUGCCACGGCGUCGGGGCCGCUGCUGGUGGAGGUUGCCAAGGCGACGGGCUCGAGUCUGGGCGUGGCUCUGUCCACCUCCAUGUUCUGUAACAAGCAGGUCAUCAUCAUCGACAAGGUCAAACCAGCCAGCAUAGCAGACAGGUGUGGUGCUCUUCAUGCAGGAGAUCACAUUCUGUCUGUUGACGGGAAGUCGAUGGAGUUUUGUUCUCUGGCUGAAGCCACUCAGCUGCUCUCUGUAUCCUGUCAGACCGUCCGCAUGGAGAUCCUGCCACAACACCAGGCCCGACCGGCCCUGAACGCACCACAGCAUGUCAAGGUGCAGCGUAGUCCCCGCCCCCUCCCCUGGGAGACCGGAGGCUCCGCCCCCAUCCUCCCCCCCUACCACUACAACACGUACCACCCCGACCAAUCAGCUGCCAGAUCGCACAACCGCCAUACAAACAACCCUCCCCUGAGCCACUCGUUCUCUCCUGGCUCCAUGUCAGCCUAUAGUCUCUCGUCCCUCAACAUGAGCACCCUGCCCAGGAACAUGUAUCCCACGAGUCCACGGGGCACGCUGAUGAGGAGGAAGGCCAAGAAGAAGGACUUCAAGAGUUCCUUGUCUCUUGCGUCCAGCACCGUGGGCCUCGCCGGUCAGGUCGUUCACACGGAAACCACGGAGGUGGCGUUGCUAGGCGACGGCAUCAUGGGGUUCGGCCUGCAGCUGCAGGGAGGAGUCUUCGCCACGGAAACGCUCUCCUCGCCGCCGCUCAUCGCUUACAUCGACCCCGACAGCCCGGCUGAGAGGUGUGGUAUCCUGCAGAUCGGUGACAGGAUUUUGUCAAUAAACGGAGUUCCUACCGAAGACUCGACUCUGGAGGAAACCAAUCAGCUGCUCAGAGACUCGUCCAUCACCGCCCAGCUCACACUGGAGAUCGAGUUCGACGUGGCCGAGUCGGUCAUCCCCAGUUCGGGAACGUUUCACGUGAAGCUCCCAAAGAAGCCGGGCGUGGAGCUGGGAAUCACCAUCAGCUCUCCGUCCAACAGGAAACCAAGUGAUCCUCUGAUCAUCUCUGACAUCAAGAAAGGCAGCGUCGCACACAGGACGGGAACGUUGGAGCUGGGAGACAAGCUGCUGGCCAUCGAUAACAUCCGGGUGGAGAACUGCUCCAUGGAGGAAGCUGUUCAGAUCCUCCAGCAGUGUGAGGAGCUCGUCAAACUGAAGAUCCGAAAAGACGAAGACAACUCAGAUGAACAAGAGGUGUCGGGCAGCAUCAUCUACACGGUGGAGCUGCAGAGGUACGGAGGCCCGCUGGGAAUCACCAUCUCAGGCACAGAGGAGCCCUUCGACCCCAUCAUCAUCUCCUCACUGAGCAAGGGAGGGCUGGCUGAGAGGACCGGUGCGAUCCAUGUAGGAGAUCGUAUUCUGGCGAUCAACAGCAGCAGUCUGAAGGGGAAACCUCUGAGCGAAGCCAUCAGUCUGCUGCAACAAGCAGGAGAGACGGUCACGCUGAAGAUCAAGAAGCAGGGAGAACUGUCGAGCCCGAAGUCUUGUGUGAUUGGUCCAGGCCUGGGGCCGGGGGCGGGGCUUGGCCAGGAGAACCAGGACGGGGAGGAGGAGCCUGUUGUCAUGGUCGCACCUCUGUCAAGCCAGAGAGCGUUCAGCACGCUGCCGUCAGUCGACAGCGCUGUGGAGUCCUGGGAUGGAUCCAACAUGGACAGCAGCUUCACCACCACAGCUCCGCCAUUUCAGUCGUCGCCGUACAGUUUCCACGAGUGGCGCAACGCCAAGACAACCAACAGCCAAUUGUCGUCCUCCACUCGCCAGAGAGCCAAUCCGCUGUCAGAUCUGGGUCUGAGUGACGACGACUGGGACCGCCCACCUCUUGGAGGAGCCUGUAAUCUGCCCAGCGGUCUAAUUACUGACAGCAGGUUCACUGUGGGGCAUGAUGGGACAGAACCGGACCAGGAGGAGAACUUCUGGUCUCAGGCUCUGGAGGAUCUGGAGACCUGCGGCCAGAGCGGCAUCCUCAGAGAGCUGGAGGCAACCAUCAUGUCAGGCUCCAGCCUCAGUCUGAACCAUGACCCCACCCCCCUGCGCAGCACGCUGGGCCGCCAGGCGAGCUUCCAGGAACGAAGCAACUCCAGACCACAGGUGACAGCUCGGUCCAACACCUUGCCGUCUGACCCCCAGCGCCGAGCCUUUGCCAUGAGGAAGAUGAGGCAGGAAGUCAAUGAGAUCCUAAACCAGAACCCUGUGGAACUCCACAAGCUGACUCUAGAGAAGGCCUCAGAUCUGGAGGAUUUUGGUUUCAGUGUUUCUGACGGUUUGUUGGACCGCGGCGUCUACGUUAGCAACAUCCGACCGGGAGGCCCGGCAGAGCGUGGCGGCCUCCGAGCCUACGACCGAAUACUACAGAUUAACCAUGUGCGGACCAGGGACUUUGACUGCUGCCUCGUCGUUCCGCUGAUCGCAGAGUCUCCAAACCACCUGGAGCUUGUCAUCAGCCGAAACCCCACCUCCUCCUCCCUGCUGGCCAAUCACACUGACGGAACCAACAACAGCAGCCACUCCCCUCAGCCAAUCGGCAGCGAGCUGGGACCGUCGGAGCUCUCCAUUGGACAGGGAGAGGAUGGUGGUCCGAUCAAGUGGAGCAAACCGGGAGACGGGCUGGGGGCGGGGCUUGGGGUGGGGCAGGUGGAUAAUAAAUCCUUAUAGCAGACAAAAACUGGAUGAAACUGGAUUAAACCGGUUCUGACCAGAUUGGACUUGAGAGGUCAACAAGAACAAUACAACAAAGUUGAAUUAAACUGGUUUAGACCCAUCCAACUGGUUCAGAAUGGACCCCCCAUGGUGCUACACACCCUCUGGAUAAACUUUGACCCUUGACCACUAAAGUUUGACCUUUGAACUGCUAAAGCAGCCUGAAAGCACACUGAUGGACUGGAGCAACUCCUCACCUUUCACCUGAACCAGUUCUGCAUACUGGUCCUACUGGUGUCACUGGAACCAGAACUAUGACUACUGAUCUUACUGGAAUCACUGGAGCUACUGGUCUAACUGGUCCAAGAUUAAUGGGUACUGGUUCUACUAGCCCGGAGCCAUGGUUACUGAUUCUACUGAAACCAGAGCCACAGCCAGUGGUUUUACUGGUCUAAGAUUAAUGAUUACUGGUUCAACAAGCUUAGAACUAGGGCUUCUGCUCCUACUGAAGCCAGAGCCAUGGCCAGUGGUUCAAGACAUGUGGGUUCUGGUCUUAGUGGUUUGAGAAUCAUGGCUACUGAAUCCACUGAAGCCAGAGCCAUAGCCAGUUGUCUUACUGGCUCAAGACACAUGGGCUCUGGUCUUAGUGGCUACAGAACCAUGAUCCUACUGAAGCCACAGCUAACGGUCUUACUGGUCCAAGACACAUGGGUUCCGGUCUUAAUGGUGACAGAACACUGGUUAAACUGAAGCCUGAGCCACAGCCAGUGGUCUUACUGGUCCAAGAUUCUUGUUCUUGAUCUUAGUGGUCACAGAAUCAUGGGUACUAAACCAGAGCCAUGACCACUGCUUCUACAAGUCCAGAACUCUGGCUCCUGGUCCAUCUGGUCUUACUAGAACCAUAACUGUGGCUUCUGGUUGUACUGGCCAAGAACCACCGCAGCACAAAGACUGAUGGGACUCCAGAAUCUAGAACCUGAUGAAGGACAGACAGGUUGCCAAGGAGACUAGGGAUGCUCCGAUUAGGCUGAGUCUAGGGCUGAUGUCAUUGAGAUCAUCCAAACCAGUACUGAUUACUGACUGGUUUCUGUUUUUAAACAUUUUAAAGAAAGCCUGCUGAAUAAGAAACCCUGUUAAAACCCACCACUUAAAGUCCAAAAUAUUAGUAUAUUAUGCUGCCACUUGCUUCAACAGUUACAAGAGGCAACUCCUCAUCCCCUGUACGUCUGAAUGAUCACAAAGGAGCUUGAGAGUUCCAGUUCAUCAGUCCAGUCCAUUUCGACAGUGAAGUCUGGGGUAUGCUUGAAAUACUAUAACUGUUACAAAUGGUCGCACUUGAUGUCAGAAAGGUGUUGGGAAGGAAGUUUCAGACACUGUCCGACAAUCUGACAAGCACUUUGUUUGAAGCAUACUAUUGCUUUAACGCUGCCCUACACUUGAUUUGUCUCCUGUCUCGCGGUUGCCAAAUUGUGUGAGAAGCUGCGCAGCAAGAAGGGAAAAGGGGUAUGGAUCCCACCAGGGUUAUGGGUAGAAGUACCCUUAUUGGCCCAGAAGGUUGGCAUAAGAUUAAAGAUGGUUAUGGUUAAGUGCAAGUCUCGAGAUGGUAAAGUUGAAAAUGGUUGUUUAAGUUUAAAAUCAGACAUGGUUGGGGUUAGGUGUGGAUUUGGUGUAGUUCCGGUUAGAAUAAGAAUCUAGAAGGAUGGGAUCCUUAAGACCACAACAAGAUGCAGAUGCUCGAAUUUGACCCUGACAUGCUGGGUAAUCCUACAGAUUUACGAAACUCUGAGACAUCCAAAAUAUGAAAGAACUCCAAAAGUCCAUUAGAAAAGAACUCCAUAAUUCUCCAUUAGCUCGUAGCAUGCUAAGACUAGCACCAAAGACGCUGCAUUUGGGGUCCUAGCGUGGUCAAGAGCAAUGCCUGGAGUUCGUGUUAGUAAUGGGUGGACGAUACCAAUACGUUCGUAGGAGCUCGCGUCAAAUGACAACUGCUUUGUGCUUAAGAAAGCAUUUUGUUGUUUUCACGGUUCUGAAAGUUUUGGCGCUAGCCAUAUGAUGCUCGAGUUACACAAAACACUGCAACUGUUAACACCCAGCCUUUUGUAGAGUUUUCUUACACGUGCGUUGGAUUGAAACAAUAAAAUUAGCGAGUAGUUGCGGCGCUUUGGUUCCCGGUCGUGAAUGGCUGCUGCAGUUUCUGCAAAUGCCCGGAUGUCACUGUUUAAUGCCCCGAAGCUGCAGAUCUUCAGAUCACCAACAGGAAGAAAACCCCAAAGAUUAAGAUCCUUUAUCCUCACAAAAUUUCCUGUAGAGUUACUUGGACAAACUAAACUAUGUGACCAAUAAAGGUCCCCAAAGGCAGCACGGCUAAGGUUUAGAUUAGACGAACAGAACUGUUUGAUUAGGUGGUGGAGUUCAGAGAGGUUUAUCCGAGUAUGUGUGGUGGAUACAAGGGCUGGGUAUCAAACCUCUGUGCUGUUUUGUUGCCAACCAAAAUAUGUAUGUAGCACAGAGUAUCGAAAACCGUCGAGCCCCAAGAGAUAGCACUGACUGCGUCGUCAAAUUUAUAAUCUGGCUUGCUUCGUCUUUGGUCAAAUAAUUCCUAAUUUAAAUCAAAACCGCUGAGGUUCAAAGUUGAAAACAGUUUAACAAUCUGGUCCCACAAGGUCCCUUUAGUAGCUGUUCUGGAGCUACAAAAUAAUUUGCUUUCUAAACUGCUGUUUCGAAGAAUAAACUCUUAGCCUCGAAUUUUAAGUCAGCCUGAACGAAAAGUCUUUCAAUUACAUCUACAGUUACAAGACAACUCGGCAGACUCCGUCUGCUAAGGAAGAUCAUGUGAUAUGAUCGAAAACUACUAAAUGGACCUUGUGAUGAGAUUGUUUUCUCAACAAAAUUUUGGCAAAUUUAAACUGGAAUUUGGUAGAAAAGAUGUUAAUAUUUCUCAAAGUAAGUGUUGUUUUUGGCAUCAGUAUCGACAAAUGUGAAACGAUACCCGGCACUAGUGGUGGAAAACAAGCAGCCACGAUGGACUUGGCGACGAAAACACCGUGCGAGUUUUUUUUUUUUAUUAUCAAUCAAUUUUAAGAAACCAAUCGAAUAAUUUCCAAUAAUUAUCAGACGAUCGGAGCAUCCCUAAUGAAACGGACGGAAAGACAGAGGGUUUACUGUUAAGAUUUUAGUUCUGUGCCAUGAACAAGCUGCAGACUGGAAGAGUAAUAAUAAUCAUGAUGAUGAUGAUGAUGAUGAUGACACUGAGCAGUUCAAUAAGAAUCUUUUUCUACUGUUUACACCUGUUGGACUGGCCACACUGUGUGUAUGUAUGUGCGUGUGUCUGUGUGUUUGUAUGUUAUGUGUGUGUGUGUUAAACACAAGGCCAGUAAAGCCCCUCCCACCUCAAUUCCUAGUCUUGGCUUUGCCCCCCAACACACACACACACACACACUUCUUCCCUCGACCAAUAGACAGCCAGGACGACAGACGGACAGCUGAGAGAUUCAGCUGAUUGGCUGGAACCAAUCAGAAAAAUAGCAACCUUCCCUGCCUGUCUGUGAUUGGUUCUCCCCGACACACAAACUGACCAAUCAGCUCCCAGGAAGAAGCCAAGCAUGCCCCCACCCCGACUUCCCUGCCCCCAGUAACAGUGACCUAUUAUGCUAAUCGAUCGGUGUGUUUUUUGAUUGACUGUUGUCAGUUUGUUUGUUUGUUUGUUUGUUUGUUUCCAUGGCGACUGAACCUGAAAAUAUGUAAAAUAGAUUAAAAAAUGGUUUCAGUCCCGUCGCUGUUCACAUCGAAACCCCGAAAACCUUCACCUCAUAACCACGAAAACAACGAUGUUACACGAGAAAAAAAAUCCUGAUAAAACAGGCAACCUGUGACAGUAAAUACCUGUGUGUGUGUGCGUGUGCGUGUGCGUGUGCACUCGUGUGUGUGUGUGUGUUUAUUUUGGAGUGAUGUCAGCAUCUUCCUGCUGCUCAUCUCAGUCUGAACUCACUAUUUAAACUGGCCAAUCAGAACCCUCCCUCAGCACCAACCACCAGUAGAAACCCUCCCCGAGUUUAACAAUCAAUAGCUCUCUGCUAAAGUUCCUGUGCUUUGGACUGGAGAGCUGUGAUUGGCUGUGACCGUGGAUCGUUGUGAUUGGCUGUUCGACUCCGUCCCAAACUUUUUUUAACUGUGAUGUUUUGAAUCUGAAGUACAGUGCUAGCAUGUGGCUAGCAGACACCAAGCACAGGGUUAGCAUAAGCCUAACAUGUGGCUACCAUAGGGUUAACACACACACAGCACAAGGCUAAUGCUAGCUAUGGUUACCAUCUAGAAAACGUGUUUACCAUCUGGUAAGUGUUCGGUUAGCACAUGGCUAAAACAGCUAAUAUAUGGUUAGAACACAGCUAACAAAAGGCUGCCAUCUAGCCAACAUAUCUAGAUGUUAGCAAAUGGCUAGCCCAGGGUCAACGCCUGGUUAACACAGCCAGUGUAUGGUUAGCACACACCUAGCACAAGGCUAACAUAGGGCUAACAGAGCUAUGUGUUAGCACAUGGUUAGGACAGAGCUGACACCUGGCAAACACAGGUAGUAUAUGGUUAGCACACACCUAUAACAAGGCUUACACAAGCCAAUAUUUGGUUAGCACACAGCUAACUCAGGGCUAGCAUCUAGGUGUUAGCAUAGGGUUAACACCUGGCUAACCAAAAUGGUAUAUUGUUAGUGCAAGGCUAACACACGGUAAACAUAGCUAUAACACGCAGCUAAAACAAGGCUUACAUGGCUAGUAUGUGGUUAGCACAGACCUGGAACACGGCUAAGACAGAGCUAACAUUCGGUUUAGCUCACAGAUAACACGGGCUUUCUACUAGUAUUCAGUUAGCACACAGCUAGUAUUCAGUUAGCACAUGGUUAGCCUUCACCAUUUUAUGGCUAACAUUACACAAACACAAAAGCUCAAAUUCCUGUUGGUAGUGGUAACCAGAAACGGAGCCAUUAGCGCUGUUUUAGCGCAUUUUAACGCUCAGCCGAGACAAAAUGUUCCACCAAUGGGGAAAAAGCCACAGAGCUGAGGGGCGUGGCUUCAGGAGGGUUUGACGAGUGAGAUCUAAAGCCAUACACACUGUGUUUGUGCGCAUGUAUUAACUGUGUGUGAGAGUUUGUGUGUGUGUGAGUGUAUAACAUUGCAGGGAUUUGCACUCUAGUGAUUCAGCUCAGCAAGAUGUCCGCCCACACACACACUCACACACUCACUCACUCACUCACUCACACACACACACACACACACACACGCAUUGCACUGCCAUUUGAAAUAGUGGGUCAGAUUAGUUUCCAUGUAGCUUCACCAACCAACCAAACUGUAUUUUUCUUUAAAGGAACAGGGAUGUUGUAAAGUAUUUUUGUACAAAUUUAAUACUUUGGUAGCAUGACGUUCCUGGUGUUUGUCCUGUCGGGCUCCACUGCUCUCCUCCACCCCCCCUUUGUAUGGACGACUACUGAGCAACAAUAAAGAUGAAGACCUGCUGGGA